GGAAGAUAAUUCGUAAACUAUUGUCGCGUAUUAUUUUUACUUUACGAAAUAAGGGGGAUACUCCUUAAAUGCUAAAAUAUGAAACUGGACGAUGUGUUCAACGAAUUGCAAAAUUGUCAAAAUGAUGUACCGAUCUUUCGAAAAUUGAUAAGCACUGUAUCUUCGCAUAAUCCCUGUGCGAGCGGAAACAUGAAAGAAUGCCAGAAGCUUCUGACGUAUAUUGUAGAGAUAAUUAGUAAUAAUUCCGAAUUGGGAAACGAACGUGUCCUAUUAGCAUGUCACGCGUUUUAUGCUUUGCUUUCGAUGCAUUGUGAUUCGCGGUGUCUCACUGUAAUGCAUUUUCAAAAACUGGAUUCCCACGAUUUGUGCUUCCUCGAAAGGCAGUAUACUGUUUCCGAUCUUGAACUGUUUAAGUUACUGAACGCCUAUGGAUAUCUACAGACGAUUCAGAAAGACAUGCAUUUUGAAUACGAUGCUCUUUUACUUAUAUUUGAUGUAAUAUAUAGAAACUGUAUGAAAUACACGAGAUACUCUUACUUUGCUUACAAAGUAUUAUAUGUAUGGUUGAAAAAGUUGAAACAGACAUCCGAUAUGCGCUUUUGGAACAAAAACAAUUGUAUAGUAGAACGAAAAUUGGAAGCUAUCAUAUUCUCUAAUUGGUCAAAUGCGCUUAAUGAUAUAUGCAAACAAAACGCACAAAUUUUCAAUAUGUAUCUUCAGAUAAUGUUACAAAAGUAUAGUGAAGUAAAAGAAACAUUUAUCGAUUGUAUAUGGCGCAAUUGCAUUUUAUAUGUGCCGUGGCAAAACAAAAUAAAGUAUAUUAUCUUGAUGGAAAUUUGUCAAGUGUGGGAUUUGGGAUAUCAUGCUAUGACAAAUCCACAAUAUUUAUCCGAGCUGUGCAUUAGUUUAACCAGAAAUUCUUUACGCUGUAGCGGUACGAAACUUUAUCUGGCAAUUUUAAGAAAACUCAGCGAAGAUGAAUGGAAGAAAUCGUUCGGAGAUGUUAUGAAAUGUAUUAUUAAUCUCUGGGAAUCGGGAAAGCAUGAGGAUCACAAUGCUCUUCAAUCGUUGUAUAAAUAUUGGCUCGAACCGACCAUAGAAAUGUACAGGAACGUUUUGCCAUUUUUAUGGGAAUUAUGUGACGAUUUGCAAGGAUACUUCUUUCAUUCGCACCUGCAAAGAACGGCCGCUAAAUUUCACAUUGAACUGCCAAAAAUGCAUGAAAUUGAUCAUUACGCAAAUGACAAAGAGGAAAUUGUACGAUUAAACGCUUUCGCUAUUCUUUGUUAUCGUGCUGCCAAUUUGAUCGAUAUUGAAAACGAUAUGGAUCCAUUUUUUCAAAUAAAACAAUUUCUAUGGUUUAAUGCUAACGUUACAACGAUCUUCAUGAGAGAAGGGAUAAUGAAAUAUUUCAGAAUAUUAUGUUCGAAUAUCUUAAAAGUGAUUAGCAUUAAAGCUACUGAUGUGCAGUCUAUCUCUGGUUUCAUGGAAUGGCUACACGAAUAUUUUUUGGAUUGCUUCGAAAUUGGUUCAUGUUAUCAACGCAAGAUUCUUGCUUUAAAUUUGUACAGAAUUCUGCUCUCUUUCACAAAUGGGAACUCGCACGAGAGCUGCGCCCAUCACGGGGAAUGUCUUCGUUACGUUACGGUGAUUGACAAGCACUUGAAGUUCACAAACAGUUGGAAGUUUACCAACAAAGAGAGUUUAUUUCUGUUACUGAGACUCGUAUUAGAUUCUGCUCUUGAUAUCAAACAACUAGCUAUUAGUCUUAUUCUGGAAUAUUUUGAAAAAGAUGUUUUAUCAGCCACGGAAAAGCACGUACUCUAUAAUUGUGCAUGGGAGCACUGCAAUUCUUCCAAGUUCUAUAAAGUUGAAAGUGGAGCAAUUCUUAUAAAGAUAAUGGCACACUGGUUGCCCUUGAAUGAGAUUUAUAAAGAUGUAACUUCAACAUUUUCCCAUGAAUAUAAUAAUAUUCUCGUCUAUUCGAGUUACUCAGAAUUUCUAUUGUAUAAAGCUCGAUGUCAAUUGGUACAGAUGAAAAGCGAUAUUUUGAAAGCUAUUGCCCAGAAUAGACCUUUCUAUGGUGUGUUGACCGCUUUGCUAUCAAUCGCUUUUCGUGCUGGCCCAGAGAAUUGGAUUUUAACAUCGAAAUUUACAGAGGAAAUGUUAUACUUUUUGAAAGAUGCCAUUAACUUCUUUUUAUCUACAUUAUCUACGAAAACAUCGGAUACAGCUUAUUCGUCCUCGUUUGCGGAAAUGGGAUUAGCUAUCGAGGAAAAAAUUAAGACUAGUGAAAUAGAGAUUUCUAAUAAUUAUGACGAAUUGCAAUUAUCGCCUGCACAUCAAGUGCUUAUCUCGUGUAUCUGGAUGUCCUUAAAGGUAUCGUGUGAGAUCGUCAGUGAAAUCGGAAUGUUGAUGCAGUCGAAUUCACAAGUAAAAUAUUCUAUAGAUAUUAUUGUUACGGUAUUAUUGAAGUGUCGGCACAAAGGCGUGGUGGAAUCUACUGGAGUAGCGAUUGCGAAUUUAGCUAGACGUUUAUAUGACCGAAAGGAAUACUCCGAGCUGCCGAGAGCAUAUCUGAUCAGUUUAUUGGAGGAGGAUGCGAGAAAAUCAUUGCAAUUAACACGACGGGGUGCUGGUCUGUCGAUCAUGUUUCACAGAUUGGUCGUCAGCGAUAAUCGAAGAGAUCGACCUACAGUCCAUUUCGCGGUGCGGAUGUUAUUACACUCGCUAAAAAAUUUUUCGACCGUUAGAGAAGUAGAACUUGGACAGGACUCACCAUGGGCGAAACGCUUGUACUUUUUGCGAACGUUGGUCGCCGAUAAAGAGAUACACGCGCAAUUAGUCCCGUACAUGGAGGAAAUUUGUUUAACGUGUUUCGAAUACAUGAAAUCCGAUGUUUGGACCGUAAGGAACGCGAGCUUGCAAUUGUAUGGCGUAGUGGUGCCGAGAUUGGUGGGUCAGUGCUCCGAAAAAAGCUUGGACAGAGAGUUGAGUUUUGGCUACGCUUAUUCCGUUAAUCAUUUCGUUACGCAUUAUCCAACGUUGGCGAGUCGCAUAUAUACCCAGCUACGAGAUGUGUCAAAGAUACGCGGUACUUCAAAUGCGGCGUUACGUUCCUAUUCAAGCAUCGCGCAUAUCUUUGUGCUAUUAUCGAAAUUAUCGACGAGCGACUGCGAUCUCAUUGAUUAUCCCGCGGCGAUUGUAUUUACAAAGAAAGUCAAAUAUCUGUUGCUCAUUUCUUUUCUCAGUAAUCCGAUGAUGUAUAUCAGACAAUUAGCAGCUAAAGUGUACACGGCUUUCACGCCUAUCACGGAUAUCUAUUCUACUUUAAGCUCGAUUGCAAAAGCGACUUUUUCUCAUGACACUAAUAUGUCGCAUGGAUACUUAUUAACUUAUAGAUAUUUAAGAAAAAAGGCCAUCGAUGAUAUUGAAAAUUCCAUAUGGCAUAAGGUGGCAGGCAAUGAUAAUAGAUUAGAAUGUAGGAUUCAGGCAAUAUCAAAAUUUGCAUCUCCUUGGAAAGAUCGAUAUAUCUUAAUAUCAAAGAUAUGGAAUGAUAUAUAUAAGCAACAGGAAGCUGCACAACCAUGUUAUAUGCUAGAAACAUUGUUUAUACAGGAAUCAUCUUCGUUAUUUUCGAAUUCGUUUUUAGAUAUAUCAUUAUUCUAUAUCAUUAUUCUACCGAUAAUUGAAUGUAUAGUAUCGUCGCAAAAGAUCCAACCAGGAUUUUUUCAAUUUGUUGGAUACUGGGCGCGAUUAUACGCGAUACGUUGUGUUGAAUUGAACUGCGCAAUUAAUUUUGACCGAGAGAUGAUACACAAUAUUCUGAAUUCAAAUUGUACAGAACAAGGUAUCGAAUUCUUAAAUGGUUUAUCGCAUUGCGUUCCUUUACUAGAAUUUAUUCUCAAAUACUUGAUAUCGAUGAGCAAUAAUCGUCACCAAUUAUUAUUCAACGAAAUAGUAACUUUCACAUUGAACACUAUAAAACAUGCUAGUUUGGAAAGGAAAGAGCUAAAAUUUGACAAGAUAAUAGAUGAAUUUAAUGGGAUGACUAAUUCGAGUUUAAUUCGUGUAAAAAAUUCAUUGAUUUUAGCUUUUUCCAAGAGCGAAACAUUAAUAAAUCAAGUGCUGUCACACAUUUUCGAUAUCGUAUGUAUGAAUGAAAAGCAAUCUGCUAGAUUGGCAGCGGCUGAACACAUCGAGCUUGCGCUGCAUCGUCAUGCAGAGCUGGGGAAUAACAACAAAUUGACAAUUAUGCGAUGUUGCUUAAUUCUGCUGAAAGAUGAAGUCGCCGAGAUCCGCGAGAUCGUCUCGAUCGCGGUGCAGAGGCACGCGUUUCGCAAACUCGUCGAUUCCACAUAUUAUCGAUUGCAACACGAAGAGAUCGUGUAUCAACAACUCCUGUCGGACAUUAUUCGACUUGAAUCGAUUGCUGACGAUGGUGUGGGUUUUAUACAACAAUUCACUCGCGCUACACACAGAGAUGUCGAUUUUAACGCGACGAUCGAGAAUCCAUUCAACGACGAUAGUAUUUUUUACAGAGAAGAAUCUAAAUUUUUAAAUAUUUGUUUUCUUCUUUAUGUUGCUUUGAAUGAUAAUCGCGAUGAUUGUCUCAAUACCAUACAAAUGUGUAUCAAUGAUGAUGAAUGUAUGAAGCAUUUAAAAAAACUCCGAGAAAAGGCUGGUUUUAGAUACAAUGAUUUGCGAAUAAUCUUGUACUUAAAAGAGACGGAUUAUCUAGCGCGGAAAAGAGAUGUUAUCGUGCGACAGCGGGAGUUAUUUUCAAACAUCUGCGCUUCUCAUUUGAAACCGUAAAAUAUACAAUUAUAUCAAUUCGGUUUUCUAUAGUCUUAAGAUAAUGCAAUUUCUGUGCAGAAAAGUGAUCAGUUAAUAAUAUUUAGUUCAACUUUUCGAAUCUGCAAAAAGAUCAUUUAAAUCUAUUAAAAUUGAUUUUCCACUUGAUAUUAAUUUUUUAUAUAUCAAAAACAGCAAUAUAUAAUAGCGAAUUGUAGGCACAUUGCAAUCAUCAAGAUAAUACUCAGUGAAACUAAUAUAAUAAUUAACUAAUAAUGCAGUUAUCUAAAAACGGACUUGCACAUUUUGCAUUUCACGGCUGCAAUUAUUGCAAAUUACUUUAUCAACAAAUUGGCUUAUAAUUCGAUCAAAAUAAUAGAAGUGGGAAAUAAUAAGAAUAUGCCGAUAAUUAAUAUAAGAUUAUUAUGGAUUAUUUAGAUAAAAUUAUAAUAAUGAAAGAUUUAGUUCAUAGAACAUAAUUAGAAAACUGAUUAUACAAGAAAGUUUAAAGGAUUUUAUAUGUUAUAUCUUAAGUCUAUCGGUUAAUAGGUAACAUUAAUUCUAAUUACAUUGUAUCUUCGAAAGAAUAUAUAAAAAACAAAUAAUUUUAUAUAAUUUCUUGCAUAAUGCAUAAAACAUAUUUAAUUAAUUACAUGUGUACAACUUACAGAUAGCCAAAUAUUCGUUACACACAUUCCCAGCAAUGUGUAUAAACAAAUAGACUUUAUCGAUCUUUAUACAUUUACAUUACAACACUACGAGUUGUUUUUCCUAUCUCUAUAAGAUAAUCCUUUUUCGUCGCUAUAUAUAACAUAGCUAUUCAUAUAUAAUGACAGAUAAUUUCAAUUUUAAUAAUUUAUAAUUUCAAUUUUUUCUUGUAAACAUCCAUACUAGAGAUGAUAGCGAAGACUUUUACAUCAUUCGUAUCGAUAUAUUUCAAACAAUUUCAAGUAUAUACGCACAGCAAAAAUUUAUUUUAUUAAAUCCUUGUUUCUUACAUAAGAUAAAGAAAUUAUCUAGCAGAUUCUGCAUAUGCAUACUCAUAUAUCAAAUCUAUAAUCACAUAGCACGAUAUCCCGUUCUUAUCGUUUAAUAUACUCGAAUAUUUUUCUAUGAUGAAUUCUUAAAAAGAUAUUAUGCGCGAGUAUAUAAAAAUAUAUCUAAUUUGUCAAACCUAAUAUGAAAAUAAAUAAAACACAAUAUAUACGAAGAUACGAAGGUUAAUGCUCUGUAAAGUGUUUUCUUAGAGAUGAGAAAAUUUAAUAUUUUAGAAAAAGAUUAAUUUAUGAUAGAACUGAGAUGUUUCAUACAAAAACCAUGCUUUUCUCGUACGACAAUAAUGCACGCAUAUAUCAACGAUUUAUCUAAGAGUCCUUUUUAAUAUAACAAUAUCUUUCACUUUGAUAAAACACACUAAUAUCCUUCGCUUUUAUAUUCAUCAUCUCAAUUGUUAAGAUCUAUCGCGUUUGUAUGAGAUAUAUCACUCUUAUCGGUGACAAUGAUAUUAAGUAUGUACACAUUGUGAUGGAAAUACCAUAACAUGAUUUAUGUAUAUAUCAGAAUAUAUAAUUAUAUAUUCUGAAUAAUUUUUCAUCCAACAUAUGCGCUUAAACUCAUGUUUAAAAAGUAUCAUUUUUCUAAUCAAAUUAAUCAAAUUACUUUUAGGAUCAUGCGAUUUAAAUUAUUUUAUUAUUAUUAUUUUUUAAGUGUGUGUGAAAAGAAAUAUUCUUUUAUUUAGAAAAUGUGAUUUGUUAAUUUUAGUUGCAAUUGAGAUCUUGCAAAGCACGCACAAAAUAUGCAAACAAUUAUUUGCGUAAUUUGAUUUGUAAAUUGAUUUCAUUUUAGCUUUCUGUGUAGAUAUCUAUUAAUAAAUAUCUAUUUAAUUAUUUUUUUCACUACCAUUAUUAUAAUUAAAUAUAGGUUUGAGAAACUAAAUCUCUGUCUGCCUACAUAUUUAAUUUAGACUUCCAUAUUUAAUAUAAUUAUCAGCUAUGUACAUGUUUUGUUGUGAAAAAUAUAUGUAUAAUAAGAAUAGCAUUUGCAAUAGGAUUUGUUGACAUUUUCUAAACGUGCAAUAACAUGUCAAUAGACACAUUGCUUGUUCAAACUCAAUAAGAGAUUUUCAAGUGGCGAUAGUUUCGCAUACUCUGCGUCACAAAAGGGAUAAUAUCAAGGCACCUCAGUGUAAAAAAAAGGAAAAAAAAUUUCGAUUAAUUUAAUAUUUGCAUUACAUGUAAAUCAUAUACUAAUCUUAUAUUCUAUUUUCACAUUUGUAUCACUCACUAUCAUGCUGCUAUAUAUCUUUAAUCAGGAAGCUGGUGCAGUUGUGUGAAUGAUUUGGUAUAUUAUCUACAUUAUACUAAUACAUGAAAACAUAUUUAGUACUUAAUUGCUAUCGAUUUUAUAAAUAAAGUUUCGCGAAAUGUGCACUCUCUAUUAUUACCUGGAGUGUUAUUAUCAAUAAAUAGGUUUAUAAUAGAAAUUUACAAUAAAACUCAGAGUUUUCAUACUGAAA